ACCAAGGGAGACUCAAACCAACAACAAACCACAGACAAUGGAGGCACCGACAACAAUAAUAAUAAUAAUAACAACAAUGAAAGCCCAUCCACAAGCCCUCCGGCCAGCAAGCCUCCACCACCCUCAACUACAUCUCCUCCAUCAACAACAAAACCCACAAAGCCCGGGCCUAUCGGGCCCGUGCUGGGGAGGCCAAUGGAGGACAUAAAAGCGUCAUAUAGUCUGGGUAAGGAGCUAGGUAGAGGCAUGUUUGGGGUAACAUAUUUAUGCACCCACAAGGCAACAGGAAAACAAUUUGCAUGCAAAACAAUUGCGAAGAGGAAGCUAGUGAAUAAGGAGGAUAUAGAGGACGUUAGAAGGGAGGUGCAGAUCUUGUACCACCUGUCAGGGCAGCCUAACAUCGUAGAGCUGAAAGGUGCCUAUGAGGACAAACAAUCUGUUCAUUUAGUGAUGGAAUUGUGUGCGGGUGGUGAACUCUUUGAUCGUAUCAUUGCCAAGGGCCACUAUACGGAGCGUGCCGCUGCUACCUUGUUAAGAACCAUUAUGGAGAUUGUCCACACUUUUCACUCUCUUGGUGUCAUUCAUAGAGAUCUCAAGCCUGAGAAUUUCCUCUUGUUGAGCAAGGACGAAGAUGCUCCCCUUAAAGCCACGGAUUUUGGUUUAUCCGUUUUUUACAAGCAAGGAGAUGUUUUCAAAGACAUUGUUGGUAGUGCAUACUACAUUGCACCUGAAGUAUUGAAAAGGAAAUAUGGUCCAGAGGUUGAUAUAUGGAGUGUUGGUGUUAUGCUAUACAUUCUUUUAUGUGGAGUUCCUCCAUUUUGGGCAGAAUCUGAACAUGGCAUAUUCAAUGCCAUCCUAAGAGGUCACGUUGACUUUUCAAGCGAUCCAUGGCCUUCAAUUUCACCAUCAGCAAAAGAUCUUGUACGAAAAAUGUUGAAUUCAGAUCCUAAACAAAGGCUUACAGCUUAUGAAGUUUUGAAUCAUCCUUGGGUUAAGGAAGAUGGAGAAGCACCAGAUAAGCCUAUUGAUAAUGCUGUGCUAAGUAGGCUCAAACAAUUCAAAGCAAUGAAUGAAUUCAAGAAAGUUGCUUUAAGGGUUAUUGCAGGAUGUUUAUCAGAAGAAGAAAUUAUGGGGUUAAAGGAAAUGUUUAAGGGAAUGGACACUGAUAAUAGUGGAACCAUUACAAUUGAAGAACUUAAGCAGGGGCUUGCAAAGCAAGGGACAAAGCUAUCAGAACAAGAAGUUCAACAAUUACUGGAUGCAGCAGAUGCUGAUGGAAAUGGUACCAUAGACUAUGAUGAAUUCAUCACAGCAACAGUGCACGUGAACAGAAUGAACAGAGAAGAACAUCUUUAUAAAGCCUUCCAAUACUUUGAUAAAGAUAAUAGCGGGUAA